CCCUGUUGCUUCGCCGUCCUCAUGGCAACAGCAUCCUGGCUCUGGGCGUGCUUGUGCUCGCUGCAUGCUGGGGGAUUAUAUGCACUAGCUCCUGGAUGACAUCCAGCAUCCUGCACUGGAUGACAGGAGGCAGGCGCAGUUCCACUGCAGCUGGUUUCAAAUGAGGCUCAUAUGACCUGCGUGAAAGCACCGAAGUCACAAAAAGGCUUCUGUGUGAGCGACUGAGGAAGCUGUACUUCCUCUUUCAAGCUUCAAGUGUGUUUUCCUGUUCUCUGCAGUAGAUGGUUCUUCGACAAGGAUGAACAUUUUUUUUGCUGUGGUCUUCUGGGCCGUACUUGUCCUUUGUCACCCAUCAUCUGAUUUAAAUAAGGUUUGGGGGAAGUGGAAAAUCCAACAUGACAAGAAUUACGACAAUCAGACGGAGGCUGCCUUCAGGAGAGCAGCAUGGGAGAAGAGCUUGCAUCUGGUGCUGAGGCACAAUCAGGAGGCCUCCGAGGGAACGCACAGCUUCACGCUGGGCCUGAACCACCUGGCUGACAUGACAACUGAAGAGAUCAACGAGAAGCUGAACGGCUUGAAGGUGGACGAGCUUUUUCAUUUCAGGAAUGACACCUUUAAGGAAGUGAGUGGUUCAUCGCUACCUCGGCAGGUGGACUGGAGGACGAGCGGCCUGGUCAGUCCGGUCCAGGACCAGGGCCUGUGCGGGUCCUGCUGGGCCUUCAGCUCUAUGGGAGCCCUGGAGGGUCAGAUGAAGAAGCAAACCGGCGUCCUGGUUCCCCUGAGUCCACAGAACCUGGUGGACUGCAGCACCAGCGACGGAAACGAGGGCUGCAGAGGGGGCUACAUCUCCAAAGCCUUCAGCUACGUCAUCCGGAACAGAGGGGUCGACUCGGAGAGAUCUUACCCCUACGAGCACCAGGACGGGAGGUGUCGCUACUCUGUGAGGGGGAGAGCCGGCGCCUGCUCCAGGUUCCACAUCCUCCCACAAGGCGACGAGAAGGCGCUUCAAGCUGCGGUGGCGGCGGUGGGACCGGUGGCGGCGGCCGUGAACGCCAUGCUGCCGUCGUUCCAUCUCUACCGCGGGGGUUUAUACAACGUGCCCAGCUGCAACCCAAUGCUCAUAAAUCACGCUGUCCUGGUCGUCGGCUACGGCACGGACAGAGGUCAAGACUACUGGCUGGUGAAAAAUAGCUGGGGCACCGAUUGGGGAGAGGACGGCUUCAUUCGACUCGCCAGGAACAAGAACCUCUGUGGCAUUGCCAACCUUGCCAUUUACCCCACGCUGUAACCAUGUGACCUGAAUCCUGCAGUGAUUUAUCAUUUUAAAUCUGAAGAAAUAAAUUCAUCUCAUGCCGUGUGAUGCAAAACAUGA